AAAAAGAACCUUAUUGACUAUGACUUCUCUGUCAUAAAGACUCACUCCUAUAUUAACUCAACUCCUUUUCUCAGCUGCCACUUCAUUUUCCUAUCAAUAAAGCAUUGGUUUGUUGACAUUUCACAUAUAUGUAUUAAUAAUAAAAACUUUGGUGAAUUGUGAAAAUCAGAAAUGGGAAGACACUCAUGUUGUUACAAGCAGAAGCUUAGGAAGGGUCUUUGGUCACCAGAGGAAGAUGAAAAACUACUAAGGCAUAUAACAAAGUAUGGACAUGGAUGUUGGAGUUCUGUUCCUAAACAAGCUGGUUUGCAAAGGUGUGGUAAGAGUUGCAGACUUAGGUGGAUUAAUUACUUAAGGCCUGAUUUAAAAAGAGGAACAUUUUCACAAGAUGAAGAAAAUCUCAUUAUUGAACUUCAUGCAGUACUAGGGAAUAGAUGGUCUCAAAUUGCGGCGCAAUUGCCGGGGAGAACAGACAAUGAAAUAAAGAAUCUAUGGAACUCUUGUUUGAAGAAGAAACUGAGGCAAAAAGGUAUAGACCCUGUGACUCAUAAGCCACUAUCUGAAGUUGAGAAUUUAGAGGACAAUGUGAAGAGUCAAGAGAAAGUAGCACAAGUAUCCAAUGAAUUGAAUCUUUUGAAAUCAGAGAGUUCAAAAUCAGAUGCAGCUUCUUGUGAUCACAGAACAUCAACUUCAUUAUCACCAAAAGCAUAUGCACAAGAGAUGGAUGGUUCAGGUUCUUACACCAAAAGUGAAAGUAGUAAUUUGAUGAACAGCAAAGACAUGUUCCUAGACAAGUUCAUGAAUCAUCAAACUGAUUUAAUGGCAAAUUUCCCACUUCAGAUGAGUUUUUCAAACACUGAAAAUGAUUGUUUAACUAAUGAUUCAAACUCUAGUCAUUGGUUUAACCAAACAGGAAAAACUUUUGAUAUGAAUUCUGAGUUUCCUUUCAAUUCAAAUUCUAUUCUUACACCUACAACAACUACAUCUACUACUACCAUGUUUCUUCCUAAUUCUUUUUGCUGCAAUGAUUCAUCACUUGCUACUAUUCACUCUGACAAUGUUUCUACACCAUGUGGAUCCAAUUAUUGGGAAGUUAAUAGAAGUGAUAAUAGAAGCAAUAAUAGCAGCACCUUGAAUUUGCAAAACAACAUUUUUUCUUCUUGGGGAUUGGCAGAUUGUAGUAUAAAUUCUACUAAAGAAGCUCAAAUUCAUGAUAUGAUUGAGCAUAAUCAUGCAGAAGAAGAAGCUAAAUGGGAAAAUAACUAUCUUCACAAUCCAAUUUUAAUGUUGGCUUCUGAAUCUUUAUGUAAUGAGAUAAAGCCUUCCAUGAUGCAAUUGGUACCUCAUGAUACUUUAGGGGCUAUUUUACCUCAUACAAAGCAGCAAGAACAGUCACAAGCUUCUAAUAUCUUUUCUAAGGACAUUCAGAAGCUUAGAGCAGCCUUUGGUGAUAUGUAACAGGAUUUCAGGAUAAGAAAACAUUGAAGAUUUUAGAGAGGUGUUCCAAUCCAAGGAAUUGUUUUUCUCAGGACAAGUCAUGGUUCUAAAUUACAAUUGUUGUUACGCCGUGCAGUCAAAAUUUCGAUUGUGUUAUAUUGCAGUUGAAGACCGCAAUUUAAAACUAUGACACAGGUGUGUGAAACCACUUACUUUUUUCUUCUUGUAUAUAGGUUUGAAUUUCAUACAAAAAAAAAAACAAUUUGUUUUAAUCUUUUUGCUUUGUUGAUAUUUGUGAGCCAACCCAUUUGUUUUGUUUUUUUCACAUUCUUUUUCUUUUGCUGGUGUGGGGUAGAUUUGGUGAAUAAAGAUUUCUCAGUUGUCUUUAUUUUAUUUUAUUACAUAGUAUUUCUUUUAUAUACAGUGUAAUAGAAAUGGUGCAUUUCUAUAUCAAAGCCAUCACAUAUGUUUAUUUAUUGGUUCAUAUAUGGAGUUUUAUUUUUUCCUUUCA